UCUUACUCAAUACUCUCAUGUAUUCAGCGUGCGACAUCACUUAAUAUUAGUUUAAAAAUAAAGCAGCCGGUUUGUAGAGGUGGAACACGGCAACGCCGGGUCGUGUGAGUAGCUCCUCUUGUGAUAUACCUCUGCCUCUCAAGUUUAACCUUAGCUAGCGGGCUAACUCUUAUUGCUACGAAACAUGAGUGACACAGGGAGCACGUCAAGGCACGGUCGCUGUCAGGAAGUGUCAGCCAGUGGCGAGAAGUGACGGACUUUUCCAACAUGAUCACGAACCAGGCAUGACAGCAGACGUGGGCAUCAACAUGAUGGAGACACCUGCCACCUUCCACUUUGCUUAUAUGCGGGAGGACCUGGAGUCCUCCGCGCUUCCUUCCACCAUGUCCAUUGACAAGCUCCUCCCGGCUCUCCUGGAGUGUUUUGGGAUAAUCCUCUGCGGGUACAUCGCAGGGAGGACAAAUAUCAUCACCUCUACCCAGGCCAAAGGUUUGGGGAAUUUUGUCUCCAAGUUUGCCCUCCCGGCACUCCUGUUCAAGAACAUGGUGCUGCUGGACUUCGCUAAUGUCGUCUGGCCAUUUCUCUGGAGCAUCCUCCUCGCCAAAGUGUCCGUGUUUUUCAUUGUUUGCAUCCUGACCCUGAUAGUUGCCAACCCCAACAGUCGCUAUAGCAAGGCUGGACUCUUUUCAAUAUUUGCCACCCAAAGCAAUGACUUUGCCCUGGGAUAUCCUAUAGUUGAAGCCCUGUACCAGAGCACAUACCCAGACUACCUCCAGUAUAUCUACCUAGUUGCACCUGUUUCCCUGAUACUUCUAAAUCCCAUCGGCUUUGCCCUCUGCGAGAUCCAGAAGUGGAAGGAUCAGGGAAACCACCAACAGAGCAAACUAAAGAUCGUGGGACUUGUCCUUUUACAGGUCCUAAAGAACCCUAUAGUGUUUAUGGUCGUUGUCGGCAUCAUUGCCCACUUUGUCCUGCACCAGAAAGUUCCUGUCUUCAUGUCUGAGUUUGUGGACGGCCUGGCCAACUCUUUUGGAGGAGCGGCUCUCUUCUACUUGGGUCUGUCCAUGGUGGGCCAGCUAAGGAAAUUAACCAGAUCCACGGUCGUGACACUGAUAUUACUCAUCACAGCAAAACUGUUGCUAAUGCCCCUUAUUUGUAAGGACAUGGUGGAUCUGCUGGAUAAUACAAACAGCAGCGCCAUGAACCACUCCAGCCUCUCUGACUAUGCCUUUCUUUAUGGAGUGUUUCCCACUGCACCCAGUGUGGCCAUCUACGCUGUGUAUUAUAACGCAGAGCUAGAAGUUAUAACUUCUGGGAUGGUGAUCAGCACUUUUCUCUCUGCGCCGAUCAUGUAUGUUUCGGCCUGGUUGCUCACAAUCCAUUGGAUGGAUCCUCAGCGUUUAAUGAAUUCGCUGCAGACUGUCAGUUUUAACAUAAGCAUACUUAGCUUAGUUGCACUGGUGUGGACGAUUGCUGUUAUGGUUUUAAGUAAGAAAUUCAAGAAGCUACCUCACAUGUUUACUGUCAACCUUUUCUUAGCACAGUUUCUGACGUGCGUGGGAAUGAUUGCGUGGAAUUUUGUGGUAAAGGAAGAUAACUUUACAGGGCUGGUCCUGACUUUCACAUUAUUAAAUAUCUCACUCUACAGCACCUUUAUAUGGCCAGGAAUUAUAGCUCUUUCACUCACGAAAAGGUUUCAAGACGUGAGAAUUUCACCAGGCAUAUUGGUCAUCGCGGGCUGGGGGAUUCCAGUUUUAGCAACUGCUGUCAUACUCGUAUUUGGGAAGGAAACAUCGGACACAAUUGAGGUGUUCUUCUUCUACGGCAAACUACAGAUCAUCUGCACCACAGUUGUAGUCGCCUUCAGCAUACUCCUCGCGGGAGGCUCUCUUGUGUGUCUGAGUAGAGGGAGCUGGACACAGAAUGACCAAAAUCAAGAAGGAAGCUCUUCGCAUGACCCUGCAGAGAAUGUCGUGACUGAAGCUGAACCAGAAAGCCAGCCUCCCUCUGAGCCAGUCACCCCAUCAGGAGGCCAAAACGGAGCGUGCCUCAUAUGUGACUGUGCACCACCCCAGCCCAUGCCCGACAUGAUCAUCAGCACAAACGCAAACCACACACCAGCAGCGCUCGGAGGUCAGUGCGAGAACAGCUGUGAGUCAACGGACUGCCUCCUCGUCCAAGUGGAGGAGCAGCAGCAGGUCGCAGACAGACAGGUGGCCCGUCAUGUGCUCAUAUGUCUCCUCCUGACUGUCAGCCUGCUCGCCAACUUGUCCAACUGCUUGUGGUUGCUGUGUAAUCAUGUCCCUGGCAGACUCUACCUAGAGCUACAGUUCUUCUGUGCUGUGGCCAACUAUGGACAGGGAUUUCUCUCCUUUGCACUUUUUGGACUGGAUAAGCAUUUGAUUUUACUGCCGUUUAAGAAGAGGUUAUACAGUCUGUUUCGAGGAAAGAAGCGAGACGAGGAGACGCAGACAGAUUUGUCCGAGGAGAUUCGAAUGACCUGCACCCAGUUCCUCAAAUACCACAAGCAACAGUGUUUUCAAGACAUUGUGAAAAAGAGAAGGUGUGGGAAAAAGACUGUGGUGGAGUGUUUCCUUGGCUGUGAACUUGUGGAGUGGCUUCUGCAGGUCGGCUUAGCUCAAGAUCGCGGUGAGGCCGUGCUCUACGGGACGCGGUUGCAGCAGGGUGGGGUUCUCCAGCACAUCAAGCAGGAGUACAGCUUCCAAGACGGUCCCCUUUACUACCGCUUCACUGCAUAACGCGUAAGAGUCAAAGACAACUUUAACCCGUUUGUCAUAACUUUUUUUAGUUUAAACUGGAAAUGCUGCUCUGUCCACGCCCUGUACUGCGAGACAUAACAGUUGCAGUUUGGUUUGUUUGAAUGGGAUACACCUAACUGUAACGUUAGGAGGGUGUGGGAGUGCAGCACACUUACAAACGAAAGGCCAUGAGGGACUAAACAGCUGGUCUUAAAGGAAUUAACAUUUCAUUUCAUCGUUCACAUUGAGCUGCUGUUGUUGCAGAAUGUAUUUAAAACUAUUUAUUUGUCGAUUAAACAGUAGACACACUGGGACAGUGGUAAUAUAAUCCCUCAUAGGGUCAAAAAUUGCUAAGUAGCUCUGUUUGUACAGGGCAGCAAAAACAAAAAAGGGAAGUCGUGGUGGAGAUGUGGCAGCGUCUCUUGCAGCUAAAACACUCUCAUAACAUGCCAUUAUUAAUCUUAGGGGUUAAGGUUGUUCUGCGUGCUUGUUAUUGUUUUAUUUAACGCCAUUCUAUGAGUGAUGAAAAGCAGAAAAGUAUUAUCAAGAUUUUGUGGUGCAAGCAAAAAAAAAAACAAUGCCGUUAUUUCCGAUACUGGGACAAGUCAAGUUAGUUAUUGUACAAUGUAAUAUGACUUGGCAUUGACAUAGAACAGUGUUUGCACUGUUUAUGAGGACUGUGUUAUCAGUUUCCCAAUUCACCAUUUUAACCAACAACUAGUUGUCUUUGUUUCCAUUUCCAGGAUGAAUUUGUUUUACUGCCAUUUUUUUCAUCAUUAGAUGAAUUUAAAAAAAAAAAAAAGCCCUUACAUUGACAUGACGACUAUAACCCCGAGGCAUGACCUCUCAGAUUGAAUACCUGAUGAAAUAAGGUGUGUGUACUUAAAAAUCUUGACAUAAACCUUAUAAAUGUUGGAGCUGCUCUCUCAGGUACACACUGGUGUUAGUAUAGAUGAAAUAUUUGUGGCUUUGUAAUUGUAAAUGUGUAUUUUAUUAACUCAAAGACUUUGAGGAAACGCGUGUAAAUAGUUGUUUUAAUAAAAUUGCUAUAAUACAA